AGAUUACGGAUUUAAGUAACAAUGGAAGAGAUAAAGAAAUGGAUUAAGGUAUGGGUUUUAGUCUUUGUAGCGUUAACUUAUUGUCACUUCAUACCUUCAAAAAUUCCCAAAGGAAAAUUCAGAUUGAUUUCUGUCAUCCCAAUAUUAUACUUGUUUAUAAUUCUUCCUUGGAAUCUCAAUUCCACUCUUCUUGGAUGUCCUACAACUUUGUUUCUUGUUUGGUUGGGUAAUUUCAAUCUUCUCCUGUUUUCAUUUGGUAAAGGCCCUCUAUCUCCAAAAGAUCGACCAAUUUCAUUCUCGAAUUUCUUGGCCCUUGCUUGUCUACCUAUCAAGAUCAAGCAAACAAGCAAGAAAAACAACAACCCAUCUCUCAGAUCAUCCGAAACCGCAAAACCAUCGUUACAUAAUUGUGCAAUCAAAGUAUUGGUUUUUACGAUCUUAACUAUCGGUUGUGCACAACAAAACAUGCAUCCAAAACUACUGCUGUUUUGUUAUUGUGGUUCUUUAUACAUCGGCUUGGAGUUCACACUACUUGCAGUUGGAGUUACAACUGCAAAAGUUUUAUACCUUGAAAUUGAACCACCUUUUCAUAGCCCUUACCUUUCAACUUCAUUGCAAGAUUUUUGGGGCCGUAGAUGGAAUUUGGUGAUAUCAAAUAUUCUAAGACUAACAGUAUAUGAAUCUGUAAAGAAGUGCGGCCAGUUACCAGCUCAAUUGGCAACGUUCCUUGUUUCAGGACUUAUGCAUGAGAUUAUAUGCUUUUACUUAAAACGAGUGAAUCCUACAUGGGAAAUUACUUCGUUUUUUCUUCUUCAAGGUUUUUGUGUGUAUUUAGAGGUUAAGGUUAAGAAGUUGGUCAAGGGAAGGUGGAGUCUACCUCCAAUGGUCUCAAUACCUUUGACAGUUGGAUUUCUGAUGAUAACCAGUUCAUGGUUGCUUUUUCCACCUCUCAUUCAGGGUAGAUUUGAUGUGAAGUCUAGAAGAGAAAUAGUUGCGUUUGUUGAUUAUGUGAAAAUAUCAGCAGCAAGCAAUUAGCAAUGGGUACAACCUUAGAAUUUGCUUUAACAUUUUGUUGGGCCACCAUUCACAAAAUAGUUGUGGUGUAUUCUUGUCACGAGUUCUAUUGGCCUAUACCGUUUCAACACGUACAACAGCGAGCUUAAUAUCUGAGAGCAUCUGAAAAUAUUCAAAACUAAAUGGCCAUGGUGCUAAAAAAGACUAGUUUCCUGGUUUUUGUGUUUCUUUUCUUUCUGCAUUUGUAGUCCGUUAUAUCUGGGAACAGUACGGGAGACUUUAUCAAUAAGAUUUUGAACCUGCAAAUCUGGU